UUUGCAAAGCAUUGAGCCUUUCUCUUUUAUUUUUAUUUUUGUUUUUUAUUUUUUUAUUUUUUAUUUUAACUAAGCAAGUGAACCUUUUCUUUGGAGAAUUCUCAAUUUCUCAAGUACAGGACUCAGGAGACUAGGUUAACGCUGUUACCCAACAAACGGAACGUCUCUCUCUCUCUCACACACACAAAUGACAUGAGCUGAAAACGGAUGUUGGAGGGUUGGAGUAACGCGCGUACUGGAUCUGGUUUUCGACACUUCCAAAGCCUCAAACAACUACUACGGCUGCGAAUUCUUUGCUUAGAGCCUCGAUUUGAUCGAAACCUUCCCCCCAAAACCACUUUCCUCUGCUCUCACAGCGUCGCCAUUCAUCUCUCCGCAUUGGCGUUCUCUCUCCCCCAAAGAUCUUUGUUUUCUUCUGCCAGAGUCCACUUACUAAAAAUGGCAGCAACCGCAGCCUCUGGCCUGCAAAUGGCAACUGCUAGACCCUGCAUUUCUUCUUCUUGCAGAAUUUUUCAAGCGAGGACUGCAAUUCUUGGUGUCAAUACAAAACGAGCAUCAUGGGCUGAGCUCACAAGUACUUCUCAUAUAUCAUGUGUACAGCCUUUCCGUGCGAGUCUUAUGCCAUAUUCUACGAAUUCUGGUAAGAGCAUCACAAAAGCAAUGUCUGAAGCUAGUGGAAACAAGUCCAUGGCUGGGUUGCCUAUUGAUUUAAAAGGUAAGAGGGCUUUUAUUGCUGGUGUAGCUGAUGACAAUGGCUAUGGUUGGGCAAUUGCAAAAUCUCUUGCUGCCGCUGGUGCUGAAAUUCUUGUUGGCACAUGGGUUCCUGCUUUAAACAUUUUUGAAACCAGUUUACGCCGUGGGAAGUUUGAUGAAUCACGCACGCUGCCAGAUGGUUCACUGAUGGAGAUUACCAAAAUAUAUCCCCUAGAUGCAGUUUAUGACAAACUUGAGGAUGUACCUGAAGAUGUAAAAGCAAAUAAGCGCUAUGCUGGAUCCUCUAAUUGGACCGUUCAGGAGGUUGCUGAAUCUGUAAAGCAGGACUUUGGUAGCAUUGACAUUCUUGUACACUCACUUGCUAAUGGCCCUGAGGUGACUAAACCUCUGUUGGAGACAUCUAGAAAAGGAUACCUGGCAGCUAUAUCUGCAUCUAGUUAUUCUUAUGUUUCUUUACUCAAGCAUUUCCUUCCCAUAAUGAAUCCAGGUGGUGCAUCGAUAUCUCUUACAUACAUUGCUUCUGAGAGAAUCAUUCCAGGGUAUGGUGGGGGCAUGAGCUCUGCGAAAGCUGCAUUAGAGAGUGACACACGAGUGCUUGCUUUUGAAGCUGGAAGGAAGCACAGGAUUAGAGUCAACACCAUAUCUGCUGGUCCCUUGAGAAGCCGUGCUGCAAAAGCAAUUGGGUUCAUCGACACCAUGAUUGAAUAUUCAUUAGCAAAUGCGCCAUUACAGAAGGAAUUAUCCGCAGAUGAGGUGGGAAAUGCAGCUGCAUUCCUGGCAUCGCCUUUGGCUUCAGCCAUCACGGGUGCCGUUCUAUAUGUCGACAAUGGUCUAAAUGCAAUGGGCGUCGGAGUCGACAGUCCAAUAUUUAGCGACCUUGACAUUCCGAAGGACAAGCACUAGAGGCAGUAGUGGGCAUUUUCACGUCAAGCUGAGGUUCAGAACCUUUGGUUCAGCAUGAAUGCUUCUUUUUUUGUUAUUUUUUAUUUAUUUUUUCUCCUGUUGUAGUCAUCACCUGAGGAUGGAUUGGCCUGUUGCCCCUGUUUUGUCAUGAGCUGCUUCCCUUCUGUAGUGAGAAUUUGUUUACUGUUUUUUCUUUUUCUUGGGUAGCAAUGUCUCCUUAUGAUAACAAUGGAAAGAAAAACAGAGAGCCAAAAGAGAGAGAGAGAGAGAGAGAGAGGAGGGUUCUUUGGUAAGUAUGAAAUGUUUCAUGGGCUUGCUUUUUGUUGGCUGUAUUAUUGAGAAAUGAAGCUUAUGGAGGAAACAGUGAAUGAUUUUUACCUGUUUACAUUAAAAACAGUACUUUAUGUGAUAAUGAUUAAUUAGAGAUGCUAAUUA